AUGGCAGCAAGAGGUGGUGGAGGUGGUCGAGGAGGAGGUCGAGGAGGACGAGGCGGAGGCAGAGGAGGCCGGCCAGCGCUGCCAUGGGACGACACGGACGAGCCCGACGCCCGGCCCUCUGAGCUGUUCCCUCCCCGAGAAGUGCCCACGCCUCGCCCUCUCACCACGACGGAAUACAACGGCGUCCAGUGCUUCCUCCUCCUCCGGCACCAAAUCCACUCGUCGCCCCUCUACACCUCCAAGCGCACCUCGCUCAUCGAUCCCACCGCGCCGCGCAAGAUCUACGGCCGCGAGCAGAUGAACGCCCUCUACGACGUCCGCAGCAAGGCCUCGGUCGACCCCUUUGUCGCCAUGCCCACCUACUCCCAGCGCUUCGCCCGCCCCGAGCGCGCCCUGCCCGAGUGGUCCGCCCGCCCCAUCUGCAGGGAAAUGUUCCCCGCCGAGCUGCUCGACACCAUUGACGCCGCGGACGCGACCGGCGCGCGCAAGAGGCGCCGCCUCGAGCUGAGCAAGGUCAGCGCGCUGCCCAACGCCGAGGAGGCCUUUGGCAUGCCCGCCCUCGAGGGCGACGACGAGCUUCUGCCCGUCGACGGCAAGAAUAUCCUCGAGAGGCUGGAUGCGCUGCGCGACGAGGAGGGCGAUGACGCGGCCGAUCUGGACGAUGACGAGGGCUUGGAGGAGGAGGAGGAGGAUGAGGUGUACGAUGACGAGGAUGCGGGCGAUUACGAUGCCGAGACGUACUUUGACAAUGGCGACGAGGGCGGGGAUGACUAUGGGGACGGGGACGAUGGCGAAGGCACAUAUUGA